AGUCGUCUUGCUUGGGAUAUUUCAUCAUUCGACGCGAUUCCGGGUGAUCAGGUUUCUUUUUUCGACAUGUCCUCAUUUGACACCCAACGGUGACGUAGUGGACCAGAACCUAUCAACUGUCCGCUGAUCUCCCGGCGCGUGACUUGGUCAGGUACACCCUGUACCCGAUAGGUCUUCGCUCAUCUCGAGGGUGUCUACCUGCCAGAUUCGUGGGGAACGAUUGUUAGACUAUUGGCAUAGCUAUCGUCUAUCUAUCGACAAAGCCAUUGCAUUAUCUACCAGUACCGCCGUCGGUAUAAGCUCUCGAUUAGCUCUCACGCAAGAUGUCCCGCUCGCCGCAUCAUCGCCAGCAACAACCGGAUAUCGAUAAACGGGACUUUGACCAGAACCGUCCGUUGCUGGCCGGGCAGGAAGCUGGCUCCCAUGCCGACGACCGCAGCAAUUCUCCGUCCGGGUCGGGCUGGAGACUGUCCCGUGACGAUGGCCUCUUGAACGACGUGGUCGGUGAGAUCGUUGAGAGGGACCGCAGGAGACUCGCCCGAGAGAUUGUGCGGAUAUCCAGCUUUGUGCUGGGGGUCGUCACUUGUCUCGGCGCCGGAAGUAUCACCGCCUUUUCCCUAUACGGACCGCUGUUCUUGACUCGCCUCCACUACACGCAGCUCCGGGUGAAUGCCGUCUCGAUCGCCGCCGAGGUGUCCAUGUACCUGCCCGUCCCGCUGUUUGGAUACUUGUGUGACCGGUAUAGCCCGUCUCCGCUGGCCCUGUUCUCUGGGAUUGUGUUUGGGACCGGCUACUUUCUCGCGGCGUUCGCCUACCGCAGCGGUCCGCCACCGGACGCGGGCGGGGAGGGAUGGCCCUUCUGGGUCAUGGUUGUCGCGUUCGUGGCCAUCGGGACGGCCACCAGCUCCAUGUAUCUCGCUGCGGUGACGACCUGCGCCAAGAACUUCGGCCGGGGCAAGCACAAGGGGAUCAUGCUGGCGGUGCCCAUCGCGGGCUUUGGUCUCAGCGGCAUGUGGCAGAGCCAGAUUGGCACAUAUCUGCUGUGCGAACGUCUGGAAGACGGAAGUCGCGGCGACGUCGACGUCUUCCGGUACUUCUUGUUCCUGGGCGCCCUGCUCCUCGCCAUCGGCGUCAUCGGCACGUUCGGGUUGCGGAUCGUGGACGACGAGGAAGAGAGAUACAUCGACGCCACCGUCGACGAGCUCGAACGGAGUGGCCUCUUGGAAGAAAGCGAAUUCUUCCGGACCGGCCGUGACGAGGGGGAUCGCUAUGGGACCUUCUCGCGGGCCGAGGGCAGCAGUACCGAGGGCGAGAUGUCUGCUUCCGAGGAAGAGCGCGAGGCCGCAAGGCUCUACAAGGUCCGAGAGGAGGAGGAGCGUCAGAAGAAGACCUGGCUUCUCAACUACGAAACGAGGACGUUCCUCGCCGACCACACCAUGUGGUGGCUUGCUCUGGGGUUCUUCUUGGUGACGGGCCCGGGGGAGGCUUAUAUCAACAAUCUGGGUACCAUUGUCCAAACGCUCACGCCGGGGAAUAUCCCGGCGAAUAGGUCCCCCGCCGGACUUCCCGCGACGCACGUCACCACCGUGGCACUCACAUCGACCGUCGCUCGACUCCUGACCGGUUCACUUUCGGACUACUUCGCCCCGCCGGCAUCUCACCUCUCGCCCAGCCAUUCCGAAGACGACGACACAGAGUCGUCCACCCGUCUCCGUCUCUCGCGCCUCUCCUUCCUCCUCCCAUCCGCCUUUCUCCUCCUCCUUGGCUACCUCCUCCUCGCGACUCCCCUACCAAUCCAGCAUCCACAGCUCUCGCACCUCACGACAGCCCUAGUCGGCCUCGGCUACGGUAGUGCGUUCUCCCUCGUCCCAAUCAUCAUCUCCGUCGUCUGGGGCGUCGAGAACUUCGGCACCAACUGGGGCAUCGUCGCCAUGGUCCCGGCCGUGGGAGCCGCCUUCUGGGGGAUCGUCUACUCGCGGGGGUACCAGGACGCGUUGGACGGGGGAAGCAGCACCGACGACGGGGAGUGUCGCGGGUGGCGGUGUUUCGGGUUCUGGGCCGUGGGGUGCACGGUCAGUGUGGGAGUCGCCAUGGUGGCGUGGUGUGUCGCGUGGAGGGCAUGGAGACGGAGGGGAGUUGUUGUAUAGUUUUUUGCCUUUUAUCGUUUUCCUAUGUUUAGUAUUGCUAGCGUUUGUUGUACAGUUGCGGUAAAGGGUCUUGGAUAAGGCAACUGCAUGUUUGUUAUAAAAUUGCCUUACGUUGGACUGGGAAGCCAGGUGUUGCGUGGCAUUGUUACUUAUCAUUUACAGUUAGG